AUGACUUUGGACAAGAAGUGCCUGCGCCUGGACCCGGCCGCCCCCGUGUGGGCCGCCAAGCAACGCGUGCUCUGCGCCCUCAACCACAGCCUCCAGGACGCGCUCAACUACGGGCUCUUCCAGCCGCCCUCCCGGGGCCGCGCAGGCAAGUUCCUGGACGAGGAGCGGCUCUUGCAGGAGUACCCGCCCAACCUGGACACGCCCCUGCCCUACCUGGAGUUUCGAUACAAGAGGCGAGUUUAUGCCCAGAACCUCAUCGAUGAUAAGCAGUUUGCAAAGCUUCACACAAAGGCAAACCUGAAGAAGUUCAUGGACUACGUCCAGCUGCACAGCACGGACAAGGUAGCCCGCUUACUGGACAAGGGGCUGGACCCCAAUUUCCACGAUCCUGACUCAGGAGAGUGUCCUCUGAGCCUUGCAGCCCAGCUGGACAACGCCACGGACCUGCUGAAGGUGUUGAGGAAUGGUGGUGCUCACUUGGAUUUCCGCACCCGCGAUGGGCUCACUGCCGUGCACUGUGCCACACGCCAGCGGAAUGCCGCAGCUCUGACGACUCUGCUGGACCUGGGCGCUUCACCUGACUACAAGGACAGCCGCGGCCUGACGCCCUUGUACCACAGUGCCCUCGGGGGCGGGGAUGCCCUCUGCUGCGAGCUGCUCCUUCACGACCAUGCUCAGCUGGGGACCACUGAUGAGAACGGCUGGCAGGAGAUCCAUCAGGCCUGCCGCUUUGGGCACGUGCAGCACCUGGAACACCUGCUGUUCUAUGGAGCUGACAUGGGGGCUCAGAACGCCUCAGGAAACACAGCGCUGCACAUCUGUGCCCUCUAUAACCAGGAAAGCUGUGCUCGAGUCCUACUUUUCCGUGGAGCUAACAAGGAUGUCCGCAAUUACAAUAGCCAGACAGCCUUCCAGGUGGCCAUCAUCGCAGGGAACUUUGAGCUCGCAGAGGUCAUCAAGACCCACAAAGACUCGGAUGUUGUGCUCAGCAUUGGGGAGGGCGGUUUCUGGGAGGGGACCGUGAAAGGCCGCACGGGCUGGUUCCCGGCCGACUGCGUGGAGGAGGUGCAGAUGAGACAGUAUGACACACGGCAUGAAACCCGGGAAGACCGGACGAAGCGCCUUUUCCGUCACUACACAGUGGGCUCCUAUGACAGUCUCACUUCACACAGCGAUUACGUCAUUGACGACAAGGUGGCUGUCCUACAGAAACGGGACCAUGAGGGCUUUGGUUUUGUGCUCCGGGGGGCCAAAGCCUCCAUUCGGAGAAGGAAAGGGGAGAAGCUGGAUGAGAUCCUGGCAGCCGCCACGGAGCCCACGCUGAGGCCAGACAUCGCGGACGCUGACUCCAGAGCUGCCACUGUCAAACAGCGGCCCACGAGUCGGAGGAUCACACCUGCUGAGAUCAGUUCUUUAUUUGAGCGCCAGGGCCUUCCGGGCCCAGAGAAGCUGCCCGGCUCCCUGCGGAAGGGGAUUCCACGGACCAAGUCUGUAGGGGAGGAUGAAAAGCUGGCGUCCCUGCUGGAAGGGCGCUUUCCGCGCAGCACGUCCAUGCAAGAUACGGGGCCUCGGCCAAGCGGCCUUGACUACGGCCCCGGGGAAAGCCCCGGCCUCGCGUUCGGGGGCCCAGGCCCGGGCAAGGACCGGCGGCUGGAGGAGCGGCGACGCUCAACCGUGUUCCUGUCGGUGGGAGCCAUCGAGGGCAGCACACCUAGCACAGACCUGCCCUCCCUGCAGCCCUCCCGCUCCAUCGAUGAGCGCCUGCUGGGGGCUGGCGCUGCCACCACCACCGGCCGAGACCUGCUCCUGCCCUCCCCCGUCUCUGCUCUGAAGCCAUUGGUCAGCGGCCCGAGCCUUGGGCCUUCAGGCUCCACCUUCAUCCACCCACUCACCGGCAAACCCCUGGACCCCAGCUCGCCCCUGGCCCUCGCCCUGGCAGCUCGAGAACGUGCUCUGGCCUCCCAGGCGCCCUCCCGGUCCCCCACGCCCGUGCACAGCCCUGAUGCUGACCGCCCUGGGCCUCUGUUCGUGGAUGUACAGGCCCGCGACUCUGAGCGAGGGGCGCUGGCCUCCCCAGCCUUCUCCCCAAGAAGCCCCGCCUGGGUUCCUGUGCCUGCUCGGAGGGAGCCGGAGAAAGCACCCCGGGAGGAGCGCAAGUCGCCAGAGGACAAGAAGUCCAUGAUCCUCAGCGUCCUGGACACAUCCCUGCAGCGGCCGGCCGGCCUCAUCGUCGUGCACGCCACCAGCAAUGGGCAGGAGCCCAGCGGGCUGGGGGCUGAAGAGGAGCGCCCGGGCACCCCGGAGCUGGCCCCAGCCCCCGCACAGUCAGCAGUGGUGGCAGAGCCCCUGGCGAGCCCCCGGGCUCAGCCCCCUGGCAGCACGGCUCCGACAGACCCCGGGCCGGGCCAGGGCAGCUCCGAGGAGGAGCCAGAGCUGGUGUUCGCUGUGAACUUGCCGCCCGCCCAGCUGUCCUCCAGUGAUGAGGAGACCAGGGAGGAGCUAGCCCGCAUUGGGCUGGUGCCGCCUCCCGAAGAGUUUGCCAACGGGGUCCUGCUGGCCACCCCACUUCCUGGCCCAGGUCCCUCACCCACCGUGGUGCCAGGCCCGGCCUCAGGGAAGCCGAGCAGCGAGCCGCCUCCUGCCCCUGAAUCUGCAGCUGACUCAGGGGUGGAGGAGGCUGACACACGCAGCUCCAGCGACCCCCACCUGGAGACCACAAGCACUAUCUCCACGGUGUCCAGCAUGUCCACCCUGAGCUCGGAGAGUGGGGAGCUCACUGACACCCACACCUCCUUCGCCGAUGGACACACUUUUCUACUCGAGAAGCCACCAGUGCCUCCCAAGCCCAAGCUCAAGUCCCCGCUGGGGAAGGGGCCGGUGACCUUCAGGGACCCGCUGCUGAAGCAGUCCUCGGACAGUGAGCUCAUGGCCCAGCAGCAUGCCGCCUCUGCCGGGCUGGCCUCUGCUGCCGGACCUGCUCGCCCUCGCUACCUCUUCCAGAGAAGGUCCAAGCUGUGGGGGGACCCCGUGGAGAGCCGGGGACUCCCAGGGCCUGAAGAUGACAAACCAACUGUGAUCAGUGAGCUCAGCUCUCGCCUGCAGCAGCUCAACAAAGACACACGCUCCUUGGGGGAAGAGCCGGUUGGUGGCCUGGGCGGCCUGCUGGACCCUGCCAAGAAGUCGCCCAUCGCGGCAGCUCGGUGA